UCUGGUAACAGACUUAAAAAAAAACUUGGCAACAAAUGAACACACGACUUUUUUGUAAUCGCAUCGCGCAUAAAAUUAUAACAUUUUAGUGUUAGAUAUAAUAAUUUGAAGAAAAAUCUAAAAGCCUAAUUAUAAAAAAUAUAAACGAAAAGAAAUAAACAAAAUUGUUAUUGCAAUUAAUAUAAAAAUAAAGUAAUUUGUUAUAAAAAAACACUGAAAAAAUAAUCAACAAGUGGUGGAAAAAAUAACAAAACGCAACAAAAAAACAAAGUUGGCAAAGUCCACAAAACUAAAGAAAUUGUGUAUUAGAAUUGUGGCUCAAAAACAAAAAAAAAAGAAAUAUUGUAAAACGAGGUGAUGAUUAUUCACUUUUAUAGAGAAAAAACAACAAAUUUUAAGAGUUUCUUAAACAAAAUCUCAAAUAUACUCUAUACUCUUUGAAAAAUCGGACCAGUCAUCAGCUACAGCCAAUAUAAAUAUCAAUUUUUUUUAUUAUUCGUUUUUAACGUUUCAAGACAAGCUUCAUUACUUAAAAAAUAAAAUCUUAUACAAACAAAACAUCCAAUCAUCCAUCCAUCCAACAACAGCUACAAACAACACAUUGGCUUUCCUACCAACAAUAACAACAAUAUAGAAUUUUUGGUGCUACACUAAGUUGUUUUAAUAAUUUGUGUGCUGUUGUUGACUUUUUAAAAAGAAAACGAUAAAAAUAUUGUCUUUGCAGUUUGCUGAUAUUUUUUGGAUUCUAUGACGUAAACUCGCGAAUAAAACAAGAAUGUCUAAACAUGAAAAAACAAAAUCGGGUGGCCUACUGGAAAGUUGGUUUGGUCGCCCCAAGACCAAAGGUGGCAACUACAAUACAGGCACUUUAUCCGGUCGUCCCACAUCGGCGGAAGGUGAUGCUGCCUUUGAUCUACAGGAAUUGGAAAAAACCAUACGUGGUCUGAGUGAUUCUGAGGUGGAUGUUAAGUUUAUGGAAAUUCUAGAGGAUAUGAAUAUACCAAAAGAUAAACGUGGUCCUCUACUCUCAAAAUCCAUAACCGAAAGACAAAAAAUGAUUUUUAUGCACUUAAAAGGCAAAAAUUCCCUCGAACAUCGAGCAAAUUCAAAAUUUGAAAAACCCUUAGAUUACAUCGAGUACCUGCGCAAUGGAGAACAUAGUGAAAAUAAAAUUUAUGCCUGUAUCGAAAGUUUACGUGUGGCGCUUACAAAUAAUCCCCUGUCGUGGAUUAAAGAAUUCGGUGAAGAUGGUAUCGAUGAAAUUAUCAAUCUGCUUAGACGUUGUAAGCAGGAACAGCGCACCUUCGAUCGUAUCGAAUUGGAAUGUAUAAAAUGCCUUAAGGCGAUAAUGAAUAAUACAUGGGGUUUAAAUCUAGUACUUACACCCGAUCAACAUACGGUAGUAUUACUAUUGGCACAAUCCCUAGAUCCUCGUAAGCCUAGCACUAUGUGUGAAGCGGUUAAGCUGUUGGCUUCAUUCUGUUUAGUGCACGAUCGUAAUGGUUAUGAGAAAGUAUUGAGAGCGAUAACAACAGCGGCCUCAACGUCAUACAAGUCUAGCGAGCGUUUUCGGCCCAUAGUAGAUGCUUUGUUUGUGGAUGAAAAAUAUGAUGCUCGUAGAGAUUUAGCAUGUCAUAGUUUAAUUUUUAUUAAUACUUUAACAAAUACACCGAGUGACUUGAACUUUCGUCUACAUUUGCGCUGUGAAAUUAUGCGUAUGGGUUUAUAUGGGAAAUUUGAUAAAUUUAAAGACAUUGUGGAGAAGAGUAAUAAUGACGCCUUGAAGCAACAUUUUAAAAUCUUUAAUGAAAUACGUGAAGAUGAUUUUGAGGAAUUCACACAACGUUUUGAUAAUGUUACCUACAAUAUGGAUGAUGUUACGGAUUGUUUUGAUGUUAUUAAGAAUAUUGUCACCGAUACCCCCGCAGAACCUUAUUUCCUAUCGAUAUUACAACAUUUACUCUAUAUACGUGAUGAUUUCUAUUAUCGGCCAGCCUAUUAUCAACUGAUAGAAGAGUGUGUGUCACAAAUAGUUUUUCACAAAUUUGGUGAUCCCAAUUUUGAAAAUCGCGAUUUUCAUAUUGAUUCUUCGCUGCUUUUGGACGAUAUUGUUGAAAAGACUAAAGCCAAAGAGACCAAGCGUUCGGAGGAGUAUGAGAAGAAAAUCGAAGAAUUGGAAAUUGCCAAACAGGAGGCGGAAGCAAAAGCAGCACAUUUAGAGGAGAAGGUUAAAUUAAUGGAAGCAAAUGGUGUGGUAGCUCAAUCGCCUAACAAAUUACCAAAGGUAAAUAUACCCUUACCUGGAGCGGGCGGUGGUGGUCCACCACCUCCUCCUCCACCACCAAUGCCUGGUAUGCCUCAAAGUGGCGGUGGACCGCCACCACCACCUCCCCCACCAAUGCCAGGUAUGGGACCAGGUGGACCAAGGCCACCACCACCUCCUCCCAUGCCCGGUAUGGGCGGUCCUCCUGGACCACCACCUCCACCCAUGCCUGGCAUGGGUCCUGGCAUUAGAGGUCCACCACCACCUCCUAUGCUUAUACCCAUGGCCCCUGUACUCCCGCAUGGCUUGAAACCCAAGAAAAAGUGGGAAGUUAAGAAUCCUAUGAAACGUGCUAACUGGAAAGCCAUUGUACCUCAAAAAAUGUCAGAAAAAUCAUUUUGGGUUAAAUGUCAAGAAGAUAAAUUAGCCUCGGACGAUAUGCUAAACGAACUUUCCCUUAAGUUCUCUUCGAAACCGGUGAAAAAGGAUCAAAAAGAUUCUGUGGAUAAACCAACAACAUUGACCAAGAAAAAUAUUGACUUAAGAGUGCUUGAUGGUAAGGCGGCUCAAAAUCUUUCUAUUCUCCUGGGUGGCUCGCUCAAGCAUUUGUCUUAUGAACAAAUCAAAAUAUGUCUUUUACGCUGUGAUACCGAUAUUUUGUCUUCCAAUAUAUUGCAAAAUCUUAUACAAUAUUUACCACCGCCAGAGCAAUUGAAACGUUUGCAGGAAAUUAAAGCUAAAGGAGAACCCCUACCGCCCAUAGAACAGUUUGCAGCUACUAUAGGAGAAAUAAAACGCCUCUCGCCUCGCCUACACAAUCUCAACUUUAAGUUAACCUUCGCCGAUAUGAUGCAAGAUAUUAAGCCCGAUAUUGUGGCCGGCACUGCAGCCUGUGAAGAAGUGCGCAAUAGUAAGAAAUUCUCUAAAAUUCUGGAGCUUAUAUUACUCAUGGGUAAUUACAUGAAUUCCGGCACCAAAAAUGAUCCCGCCUUUGGUUUUGAAAUCUCCUAUCUGACCAAAUUAACAAACACAAAAGAUGCCGAAAAUAAGCAAACACUGCUGCACUACCUGGUCGAUGUAGUGGAAAAGAAAUUCCCCGAUGCUUUAACCUUUUACAAUGAUAUGACACACGUGGACAAGGCGUCACGUGUCAAUUUAGAUGCCAUACAAAAGUCAAUGAGACAAAUGACUUCUGCUGUUAAGAAUUUAGAAACCGAUUUGCAAACAAUAAAGUGCCACAAUGUGAAGAUGAUAAGUUUUAGUGAGGGUGAUGAGGUAAUUUGCCGUUGGACUGUAGGCAGCUAAGUUGAUGUGCUGGGCAAAAUGCAAGUACAAAUGGAAAAACUGUACAAAGAUUUGGGCGAAUAUUUCGUCUUCGAUCCCAGCAAAUAUACAAUGGAAGAAUUCUUUGCCGAUAUCAAAACCUUUAAGGAUGCCUUCGUUCAGGCCCACCAAGAAAUCAUACGUCAACGUGAGGAGGAAGAAAAGAAACGACGCAUGCAAGAAGCCCGAGAGCAAUCGUUGCGUGAACAACUAGAAAGACAACAACGUAAGCUGGCCUUAGUCGAUAUGGAUGCGGCACAAACGCAAGAAGGUGUUAUGGACAGUUUGCUAGAAGCAUUACAGACAGGUUCCGCCUUUGGCAAUCGCAAUAAUCGUCAACAGCGUAGACAACGACCGGCUGGUGCUGAGCGACGGGCGCAACUAAGUCGUUCGCGUUCGAGAACAAGAAUAAAUCCCGGCUCUCUGGUAACGCGAGAAAUGCUCAGUAAUGAAGCUUUAAUGGGUUCUGCAUAAUAAUUUAUUCCUAAAUAACUCUUAAUAAUAAUUAUCAUGUACAUAUAGAAAAAAAAAGUAAUUAAAGAAAAAAAAAACAAUGCCACUUUUUAUAGUCAUUUAAGUCAUUAUAUAAAACUAUACUUUUAACUACCACUACUACUACUUAUUUUAUACCUAAUAUAUAAACGAAUGAAUGGUUCUAUUAAAAACGAUUGCCGUUUAUAACUAAAAAUCGUUUAUUAACAACUAUUCUUUAAAACUUUAUAAAUAUAAUAUAUUUUUAUACAUCGAAAAAUGUACUUGUAAAAUAAAAUAAAUAAAAAAGUACUCAUUUUUUAUUUACAUAUAAAAA